CUUUGACCAAUUGUGGUUCAUAGUGAAUUGUGGGAGGAUGGUCUCUGCUUGUCUUCUACAGUUGCCGGAUGAGCUACACCUCGACUAUGCCGGCUAUCUCGAUGGUCAGUCCUUUAGCAAGCUCAGCUGCACCUGCAAAGAUCUACUGGUAAGUUCAUCGAAGAAACUACCAAGGCCAAAAGAGUUACAGGCCGUGCGCUCUCUCUUGUCAACAUAUAGCAUGAGCGAUGGAAACUAAAUAUUGACCUGGGAUGGGAUGAAUGGCCUCGAC